AUGACAAACUUAACAUUAGUGAUAAAUUUUAUAGUGCUAUGUUUUGUUUGGUGUAUAUUUGCUCAACAAUGCGAAAUAAGUCCACAUGUACAACGAUUUGAUUGUUAUCCAGAAAAAGAGUCAUCGAAAGAAAAAUGUCUAGAACGAAAUUGUUGUUGGAGAUUACCAAUUGAACAAACAAAUUAUACAGAUAAACGGUUAACUGGAAUACCUUUUUGUUAUUAUCCAACCGAUUUUCCCACUUAUGAGAUAAUAUCAAAUGAAACAACGGAUUUUGGUCAACGAAUUCGUAUACAAAAAUCACAAACAACUUAUAUGCCACAUGAUAUUCUUAAUCUAACAGUUGAUCUUAUCUAUGAAACACAAGAAAGAUUUCGUAUUCGCAUCUAUGAUUCAGUUAAUAAACGAUAUGAAGUUCCACUUCAAGUACCUGUAGUGGAGAAAAGAGCUAAUAAUACUGAUUAUGAGAUAAGAUUUGGUAAAAAACCAUUUGCAAUACUUGUCACUCGAAAAUCAACAGGUGUAACAUUAUUUGAUUCAAGUGUAGCUCCACUUAUUUUUGCUGAUCAAUUCAUCAAAUUUUCUACACGAUUAUCAACUCCAUUAUUAUAUGGCCUUGGCGAACAUCAGCAACCAUUGUUAAUCAAUGUAACAAAUGAAUGGAAAAGAUUGACAUUCUAUAGUCGCGAUUUUCCACCAAUGGAAAAUAUAAAUCUCUAUGGUGUUCAUCCAUUUCACAUCAAUCUUGAACGUACACCAGACAAUCAAACUCAUGUUCAUGGACAAUUUUUUCUUAAUUCAAAUGCAAUGGAUAUUGAUCUUCAACCUUUACCUGCUAUAACUUACACAACUAUUGGCGGUAUUAUUGAUCUAUAUAUUUUUACAGGACCAACUGUUGAGAAUGUCAUCGAACAAUAUUGGGAUGUUAUUGGAAAACCGACAAUGCCACCAUUUUGGUCACUUGGAUUUCAUCUUUGCCGUUGGGGAUAUAAUAAUAUUGAAAAUAUGAUAUCGACUCUCGAAAGAAUGCAAAGUGCAAAUUUUCCAAUCGAUGUUCAAUGGACAGAUAUUGAUGCAAUGUCCUCCUAUCUUGACUUCACUUAUGAUAGUGAACAUUUUCAUGGACUUCCUGGAUAUGUUCGUGCAUUACAAGCUGAUGGAAUACACUAUGUAAAUAUAAUUGAUCCAGGUAUUAGUUCAACACAAUCAGCUGGUUCUUAUAUACCAUAUGAUGAAGGAUUGAAACGAGGUGUAUUUAUGACCAAAUUUAAUUCAACUGAACUAAUUUUUGGAAAAGUUUGGCCAGGUAUUACAGCAUUUCCUGAUUUUACCAAUCCUGAAACAAUUGAAUGGUGGACAGAUAUAGCUUCGGCUUUCCAUGAAGUCAUACCAUUUGAUGGCAUGUGGAUUGAUAUGAAUGAACCAUCUAGUUUCGUCGAUGGAUCACAAGAUGGAUGUACUGAUAAUUCAUUAGAUAAUCCACCAUUCACUCCUCAUGUACAUGGUGAUGCGCUUAGUGCUAAAACGUUAUGUCCGUCUGCUCAACAGCUCUUAUCGUCCCACUAUAAUUUACAUAGUAUGUACGGUUAUUUUGAAGCACAAGCAACAAAUAUAGCAUUGAGAACUAUUCGUAAAAAACGACCAUUUGUUUUAUCUCGUUCAACAUUUGCUGGUUCAGGUCGCUAUACGGCACAUUGGACUGGUGAUAACCAAGCUACAUUUAUUGAUAUGUACUUUUCAAUUCCAGCUAUUCUCAAUUUUAAUAUGUUUGGUAUAACACAUGUGGGUGCUGAUAUUUGCGGUUUUCUGCUUGAUACUACCGAAGAAUUAUGUGUCAGAUGGAUGCAGUUAGGUGCCUUUUAUCCAUUCAUGAGAAAUCACAAUUCUCUCGGACAAAAAGAUCAAGAUCCUGCAUCAUUUUCAUGGGAAGUUCAACAAAUAAUGAAACAAGCAUUAUUAAUGAGAUAUUCAUUAAUACCAUUUUGGUAUACAUUGCACUAUGAAGCAUCAUCGAAAUCUAGAACAAUUGUCCAACCACUUUUUUCUGAAUAUCUAAAUGAUAAAAAUACUUAUAAUAUUGAUCAACAAUUUCUAAUUGGUCGUGCUCUUCUUAUUUCUCCAAAUUUAUUACCCGAAUCUAACUCUGUUCAUGCAUAUAUUCCUCAAGAUGUUUGGUAUGAAUUUCCGUUAGGUGUUAAAUUAUCGAAUGUCGGAUUAUUUACUGAUUUGGAUGCACCCAUAUCAAAAAUAAAUGUACAUCUACGUGGUGGUUUUAUUAUUCCAAUGCAAAUACCCGGUGAUAAUUUAGUUCUUGGACGUGGUAAUCCAUUUACAUUAGUUGUUGCACCAUCUCAAUUUGGUAAUGCAAGUGGAAAUUUAUUUUGGGAUGAUGGUGAUUCAAUUGAUUCAAUAGAAACACAAACAUAUAAUUAUCUGGAAUUCUCAUUAACUAACUCUAAUAAAUUAACAAUUAAUAUACUUGUUUCAAAUUACAAAGAGUCUGCAAUGCGUUUAGAUCUUAUUAAAAUACUUGGAGUAAAUACUUCUGUUAACAAUGUAAUUAUUAAUGGAAAAUCUUAUUCGAAUUAUCUUUAUAAUAUUCCUGAUCAGAUUUUACUUAUCUAUGGUCUUGAUUUGGAUAUGUUAUCUCAAUCAAGUCAAACUAUUCAAUGGACAACUUCGAAUAAAUAG